AUGAAAACUAACAAACUGCCUGUCCUUCAUUUAUCUUUCUUUUUAACGCCCACUGCCGCCCUACCCUCCCAGCAAGAUCCAAAUAGCGUCGGCGCUGUGCUGCUGCAGCAGAACGUUUUAAAGGGCCCCCCACAUGCUCAGGUUGCUGUCCCCAAGCAGCAGCAGCAGCAGCAGCAGCAGCAGCAAGGGGAGCAGCAGCAGCAGCAGCAGCAGCAGCAGGAAUUUUUGAUUAAGCAGCCUGCUUCGUUGUUGGUGUGGAGUGUAGGGUUUAAGGUGGGGCCCAGAGGCACUCUAGCAGACAUCCUAACCGACGCAAAAAAAACUGCAGCAGAAAUAUUCACAGAUCUCAAACGCAUGCAACAGCAGCAGCAGCAGCAGCAGCAGCAGCAGCAGGAGCAGCAGCAGCAGCAGCAGGAGGUGGAGGAGGAGCAGCUGCAUCGGGAGGAGCAGCAGCAGCAGCAACUGCAGCAGCAGAAACAGCAACACACCCAUCAACAACAACAACAACCACAGCACCACCAGCAGCAGCAGCACCAGCAGCAGCAGCAGCAGCAGCAGCAGCAGCAGCAGGAGGUGUAUAGCGAGUCAAUUAUUUUAUAUUAA